CCUGGCUGUGUGGAAACGCUGCGGUAACUGAGCUGUUUCAGGAGUCGCUGUGACGAGGAACAGAAUUGAUGCAACGACAGUCUUUGCCGAUUCCGGGGUGGUUUCUAAGCGUGUUGCUAACGUGACAGAGAAAAGGAGAAGGGCAGGGGCAGCCACAAUGCUAACGGACAUGCUUUAGUAGACGAAGUCUGAGGAAAGUGUGCGUUAGUUGGAUAAAGCUGGCCAUGAAUACACGUUUAAGCUUUAAAUACCUAUAAAAAAGUUUUGUUCAAAGGAUUUUUCAAAGAUAUAUUAGCCAGCUGUUGAGGUUGAUGUUGAGCAAGAUGGAUGCUAACUUUACGGAAAUGUUAGAAGAUUUUAUGGGAAGCGCACUUGUUACGUGGGUUCAUCUCUUUGAGGACAUGGUAGGUGAUGAGGAUACCGGCCCUUUUUACCAGGACUACAUGGAGGUGAACUCUAACUCCCAUAAUGCAGUUCGGGGAUACCUGCGCCUCACCGACGGAGUCUACCUCAAUGAAGUCAUGAGAAUCAUUGAUUCAAAUCCAAAAGUAGAGCAGAUCUAUCACAAUGUGGGUGAUGACAAGAUUCUCAGAGUUCAGAACUUCUCCAUCCUUAACCGGCACCUCAGGUCCUACUAUCAGGAAAAUCUUCAGCAGCUGGUUCUCAUGCCUCUUCCCAAUGUAGCUGUUUUGGGGCGAGAUCCCCUCACAGAGGGUGCUGUGGAGGAACUAAGAAGGCUUCUGCUGCUAUUACUGGGAUGUGCUGUACAGUGUGAGACGAAAGAAACCUUCAUUCAGCAGAUCCAGUCCCUUGACAUUGAGACUCAGGCAGCUCUCGCCCUCUGCAUACAAGAGGUGACUCAGGACCCCAGUGCAGUCCUGCCCCUGCAGUAUGGAGAGGUGUGUGGGCUGGAUGGAGUGGAUGUGCAGGUGCUGCUUGGUUCUCUGGGCCGGCAAAUGCAAAUUCUUCUGGCUCAGAGAGACACACAUCUGGAGAGGAUAGCAGAGUUGUGUGUUCAGUGCGAGUCUGUUCCGUCACCCACAGCGCCCCCUACUGGUCUCUGGGACAACGCUCCAGAAAGUCUUUCUGUACAGCUGGCCGAUAGCAAAGCCAAAUUACGCAGACUCAAACAGGAACUGGAAGAUAAAGAAGAUCAGAUAUUGGACUACAAGCAGGAAAUGCAAACUAUGGAAGAGGAACUAAAGAAACUGCAAUGUGAGAACCGGGCGCUGCAGGGCGAGGUUCGUGUCAGUCGGGGACUCCGGGAUGAGCUGGACUGUCUGCGUGAGCGAGCUGCCAAAGCUGAGUACCUGCAGACGGAGCUGAAAACCUGCACACAUCGUCUGCGCAGCAUGGAGCUCUACCGCACGCAGCUGAAGGAGCAGCAGCAGUAUUGCGCCUCACUGCAGGAGAACAAGGCUUUGCUGGAGGAGCAGCUGGCUGAUGCACGGGCUCGCUGCUCUGCUCUACGGGAGCUGGAGAAGGACAAUCUUCUGCUUCGACAGAAAUUCAUGGAUAUGGAGAGGGAGCGGGAUGUGGAGAGGCAGAGGGUGGAUGAGUUGUUAGAGAUGAAUAUGAGUCUGCAGGUGGAACUGAAGCGCCACUCUCACGCUGCUGAUGUCACUCGGAGUGUGACUCAUCCUCAUGUCUCCCAAUCAGAACUGGAGUCUGAUGAAGAGCUUCAAGAGUUAAAGAGUCAUCCGACCUCUGAAGUGGAAUUCAAGCCUCUGAGUGUAGAGGUGGAUGAGGCAUCCUCAUUGAGACUUCUAGGAGCUGAAAAUGAAAAUGCUGAACUGAGGAGACGACUAGAGCGCUUACAGGCUGAGCAGGAGGCUAACUCUCCUGAGGUGAAGGAGGCUCUGCAGAGACAGACAGAAAGACUCUCACAGUUGCAGGAAGAGCACCAGAACACACUCAGAGAGUUUCAGAACCUAAAGAAUGAAAACGCCAGUCUGAAGACAAGCCUUGAAGAGCUGAUGAAAAUCCAGAGACUCCAAGAGAAGGAGAGAGAUAAGGAGAGGUCAGUAGAAGAAAUGAAGAGAGUGAUUCUGAGAGGAGAGUGUGAAGGAAAAGACAUGGCAAAAGAAGAGGAGGCACCCAGAGCAGACAAGAGAAAAGAAGGCAUGAAGAGACUGACAAGAGAGGAGGGAGAAGGCGAGGAGGUCCGACUCAGAGAGAAAAAAGAGGAGGCCGACAAUGCAAUGGGAACGAAAGAAAGAGGAGAAGCAGAGGGAGAGAAAGAGAUGGAGAGAAGAAAAGAGAAAAUGGAAGAGAAGUCAGCAAAGGACCAAAGCAAGACAGAUGUCCAGCAACCCAUGCAAGCAGAAAAACAAGAAGAGGUGAGAGAGAUGGAGGAGAAGCUCAGACAGGAAAUCCUGACUCUGUCCUCUCAGCUCCAGCUGGCUGUGGAGGAGGCAGACCAGCAGGCAACACUGGUUCAGGAACUACACUCUAAACUUGGGGAGCAGACCAAGAAGACCCAGGAGGCAGAGCAGAAGAUGCUUCUUUUGGAGGCUGAGAGCCAGAGGCUGAGGAAAGCAUCAGAGAACCUGACAGAAGCCAGGAAACGGAUAGAGAUUUUGCAGUGUGAAUCCAUGCACCAGGAGGAGGAGCUGAUGCGUCUGCGUAGUCAGCUGGAGCUGCAGAAGAUGGAGGCAGCAGUAAUUCCUCAGCUUGAAGGCGAGAGAGCUACGCUUGAGAGAGAGAGAGAAUCCCUCAAGGCUACCAUAGAUUCUCUCAGGGCUGCAUUGCGCAAGGCCGAUCAGCUCGAGUUGACCAAUCAGACUCUUAAAGCGGAGCUUGAACGUUUAGGACGGAGCUUAGAAUCAUCCCGACGAAGGGAAGAGGAAUUAGAGGCUGAGCUGAAGGAGUCUGGUCUUGAGUUGGAGUCUCUAAGCAAGGGGCGGGAUCAGGCAGUGUUGGAGGCCACGCGACUGGAGCAGGAGAAGGAAACGUGUCAAUCUGAGCUGGACAGCCAACGGCGUGAACAGAGGCAGAGAGAGCGAGAGAUGGCUAGGCUCAGACAGCAGCUGGAGAGCACUACCUCAGCCCUGGAGCACGGCAACCAGAGGGCAUGUAGCCUGGAGCUUCAGCACAGACGAGUGUGUCAGGAACUUGCCCAGCUUAAAGAGACCUGCAGUCAACUAGAGGAGCUGCAGAAGGAGAACCAGCGACUAAAUGACCUGAACACUGAGAGCAACACACAGGUCACUUCUCUAACACAGGAGCUAGCCAAUGAGAGAGUUCACUCUCAGAAACUGUCCAGUGAGGUUUCCCAGCUGAAUCAGUCUAUUGAAGAGUUGGAUGCCAAGCUGAAAACGGCCACCACACAACUUCAGCUGCAAACUGAGCGCCCUAAAACAGAGUCGGAGAUUACUGCCUCUGCGUCUGAUUCUGACUCAGGGGCGAUGAAAGAUUCACAGCCAAACAGGCAGUCUCCAGUAGAGACAGUGAGUCGUGAGGAGGAGAAUAUCAGCCCUGUGAGUCAGAUGUUAGGCAGCCAAAUCUCUCUCUGUACCUCAGAAGACACAAAAUCCCCUGUGGACAAAUUUCAGAGUGGCGUUUCCAGCGGAGAGAGACAAGAGCCUGUCAGUGAGAGACUGAUAUACUUGGAGAAACAGAAUUCAGUGCUGAAACGGGAGCGGGAAGUGUUGCUUUCACAGCUGGACCAGUGUCAGGCCACCUGUGUUCAGCUGAGAGAACAGCUGAACACGCUGCAGCACCACUCCAUCGUCCUUCAGGAGAACUGCACCAAACUACAGGAGCUCAACACCAAACUACAGGUCGAGCAUGCUUCUCUAAGCUCCCAGCAUGCCUCAAUAUUGACACGGUGCAGAGAGAGUGAGGUGCGCUGUGCCACUCUAGAGGCGGAGUCUAAGGUAUGGCAGAAGGAGAGAGAGGAGUCAACGGUGCGUUCUGAGGCUUUAAGGAGGGACCAUGAGAGACUGACCGCUCUGCAGCAGAGGCAGGAGGCGGAGCUAGAGGAGCUAUUGGACAAACACAGUCAAUUAAAGAGCAGCAGUCGAAGUUUAGAGGCUCAGUACAAAGAACUGGAGGCCAAACAUAAAGAGCUGAUGGAGAGCAAAGCUCAGCUGGAGGAGGCUGACAGAGCGAUACAGGCAGAGAGAGAGAGGAUGGAGAGAGCCAUGCAGCAGCAGAUGGAAAGAGAGAAGGAGCUGGAAAGGCUGAAAAUGGAGAAUGAGAGGUAUGUGAACCUGCAGAAGGAGUGGAUCCAGGUGCAGUCAGAGUUGAUGGCCCAGGUUUCAGUUUUGCGUGGUGAGAUGAGCUCAGCCCAGCUGGAGCGGACCAAAUUGGAGGGCAAACUCAACACACUGAAGGAACAGAACCAACAGCUGGACCUCAACAAUGUCCGUCUCAACAGCCAGUACCAGCUUCUUACUCAGUUGAAGGGUAAUAUGGAGGAGGAGAACAGGCACUUGGUGGAGCAGAACCAGACCCUGGCCAAAGAAAACCGGGCCCUGCUGGAGCGUAGCUUGGAGAGCCGAGAUCAACACCACAACCAACAGAGAGAGUAUCUUGACAAGCUGAAUGAGCUACGCAGGGAGAAGCAGAAGUUAGUGGAGAAGAUAAUGGAUCAGUAUCGGAUUUUGGAGCCCAGCCUGCCUGCACCUAAACAACUCAAGAAGUCGAACUGGAUUGCAGAUCGGAUGAAGAAGCUGAUAAAGCCAAAAGGAGGCAGAGAGGGUCGGGCUCAGUUCAUCACCGCCGGCAGCAUAGAGAACCUGGCAGAUGCCACAGAGGCGCCACCCUCCUCUCCAGCACACACUCAGGAGCAGGACCCCCGUAGUGCCCCGGUUUCCCCCUUACCCCUGCGUAGGGUGUCCUCACAGGGAGAGACAGAGGAGCCCAAAGUGGUGCUGAGGACGGCCCGUCGUAAGCUGGGCUCCAGGCACGGCUGGGCGCUGAGCCGGGGUAGAGACAGUGGCGUAUCCCAGUCCUUCAGCCCUGGGGACCAACGUCCCAUGCCCCGCAGCCGCCUCCGCACCCCGUCCUCUGCACUGUGGGAAAAAGAACAGGACAGCAGCCCCACACCCAGCGAAGAGGGGAGAGGUAUUUCAGGUGAGAGUGAAGAUAAUCUCACUCCUGAGCACUCUGAUGUUAGCCGUGUCUCCUCUGGAGCUGAAGAUUUCCAUUCCAGUUUUGACAAACCCAUGGAUUGAGAACAACAGCACAAUUCACACAGUUGUAGUAUGAUUAUUCUGUAUUACUCACUUUUUCUUUUUUUGGCACAAUUUCCCUGUUCAACAUUUAUAUGAUGUACAUCUUUUAUAUUUUAUGUUCUUACAUAUUUUAUAAGCCUGUAAAGGUCCAGCUCAUGCCUGGGUUUUGCACUAUAAGUUAAAACAUCUAUUUUAAGUAAAGCUUGAAUAAAACAGUUUGUACAUUUAUUUUAA